AUGGCGGACACCGAAGCAGCGCCAGCGCAAUACAAACAGUCGAGUCGCAAGGGCAAGAAGGCUUGGCGCAAGAACGUCGAUGUCACAGAGAUUCAAUCCGGCCUAGAAGAUGUGCGCGACCAGAUCAUUCAAGGUGGUGUCAUCUCUGAGAAGACCGCAGACGAACUUUUCGCCGUCGAUGUCCUUGGAUCGGCUGAGAUCCAAAAAGAGGUCGCGAAACGACACAAGCCUCUCAAGGUCGACGAGAUCCUCGCUAAGCGCUCUGCCGUUCCCGCCGUAUCCACCCGGAAGCGACUCUCGGAAAUCACCGACGAUGGCAAGAGGAAGAAGGCAAAGGUGUCAGGCAAAGAAUACGACAGGCUGAGGGCGAUUGCAUACGGAGGCGAGCAGACCAAGAAGGACGUCGUACAGACUGGCGACGCCGCUUACGACCCAUGGGCAGUGCAAGAGGUCAAGGAGGAUCCUCGUUUCUCAUACCUUGAGAAGAAGAAGCCCAAGGUCGAGCCGAAAACACUGAAGCACGCACCCAUCUCGCAGGCAAAGACCGGCAAGGCCAUUCCCUCAGUCCGCAAACCUACCGGUGGAAAGUCGUACAACCCCCUGCUGGAAGACUGGCAAAACGAGCUCAUGCGCGAAUCCGACAAGAUUGUCGAGGUUGAGAAGAAGCGCCUGCAAGAGGCCCGCGAAGAGGCCGAGCUUAUGGAGAGAGCAGCUGCUGAGACAGAAUCUGACUCAGGCGAGGAGAGCGUGUGGGAGAGCGAGUGGGAAGGUUUCAGUGACAACGAAGAUAAGCAAGCCAAGAAGAAGAGGCCAGAGAGGAAGUCGCUGUCACAACGGAACAAGAUCAAGAGGAGAAAGGACGCGCAAAGAAAGGCGGUCCACGAAGCAAAGAUGAAAGCCAAGGAGCAACAAGUCCAGGAGAUCAAGAGAUUAGCCAAGAGCGUAGAAGAGAAGGAGAAGGCGAGAGCCGCUGUGAAACAAGCUCUUGAACAGAGGAAUGCAGAGCUCGCGGAUGAGGAGGACGAUGGCGAAGAAUUGGAGCUGAGGAAGAAGCAGUUCGGCAAGGCACCUCUACCAGAGGCCCCGCUCGAAGUCGUUCUACCAGACGAGCUCCGCGACUCUCUGCGUCUUCUCAAGCCAGAGGGCAAUCUGCUCAAGGACCGCUUCAGGACUUUUAUGCUUCAGGGCAAGGUCGAAGCCAGAAGACAGAUCCCAUACGCCAAGCAGAAGAAGUACCACGUAUCGGAGAAGUGGAGCUACAAGGACUGGCAAUUGCCCAAAUAG